AUGCGAACAAAAGGAGUUCUUGAUAAGGAGAGGUCUACUGGCCAACGAAUGUUGGUGGAUGGUAAAGCUACUGCGGAUGGCAUUCUUGGCUUCGAUACGCUGUUUGAUUAUUCUAAUGGCUCAGAGAAGCGAUAUGACCACAGUAUUGAACAUAAGGGAAAAAAGAAAAGAUAUGUGAUGCAUGAAGGAUCUGGGUUCAUUGAUGUUUGGGCAAGAAUGCGCCAAACGCUCAGGAGAAGUUCCUGGAAUUGUCUGUUUUUGGAGAUGGCAUCAAGAUAUGCUGAUUACAGAACAACAAUAGACAAUCACAGUAAUAGUAGUGGUUCGAUAGUUUUAUCAGACGAUGAUGAUGAUUAUGUUGUUCUAAAGCAUAAUCGGUGUAAAAAGAAUGUCAUUGUUGACUCUGACUCUGAGUCUGAAAAAGAACUUGAUAAUCUUCCCUUCCAUUCUACUGUAAUAGCUGAUCAUGUAUUGCCAAAUUUUGAAGAGAUGUGUGUUGAUAACAGAGAAGAAAGAAUUUCGGAUAUUGCUGGACAGAGAAGUUCAUUGUCAACGAAUUCCAUGUCUGAUCAUGAUGUAUUCCAGUCGAGUGAAGAAUCCGAACAAAAGUCACCAGUAAAACCUCGUAAAUCAACAAGAAUUAGUCUUGCUCUUGGUAAAUUAUUGACUAUUGAUAGUGAAGCAGUUUCAGCUGCCUGUCGGAAGUCUUUAUGUAAUGCCAAAGAAACAUUUAAAAAUCCCAGUAGAGACGGUGUUUGUGAUGAUGAAGGUGAAAAGUGCGAGAAGACUGUUACACUUUUGAGUUCUGAUGAUAGUGAAAGCGAGGAAGGGGAUAUUGUUAAGAGUGGCACUGAUAAGAAUUAUUUUCAGAAUUCCCAUGAUAACAAUUUUGGAUGCAAAAAGAAAAAUAUUCUAGUACAAAAGCAUGAUGGCACUGUAGCCCAUUUUAGUUCAGAUGACAGUGUAGAUGAAACUGAAACUACUUUGAAAAACGAAAAUGGUAGUGAGAAAAAUUUACAGGCUUCUCAAGAACGUAAAAAUAGUAAAUCCAAAAAUAAGAAAAUUCUUGUACAAAGACAUGAUGGCAAUAAUGGAAUGAAACUACAAAUGAAAUUACAAGAGAGCGUGUACUUGCUGAAAAUUAAAGAGAGAGAAUUAAAAAAAUUGCCAAUGGAUUCCGCCAGUGAAAAGAUUCCAGAAACCACUGUCAAACCUGCAACUAGCCGGUUGCCAAUUGGAUUUGGAGUCAAAGCUUUGCAGACUCAAAUUAGAGAAAAAACUUUAACGGAAGAAGCAAUUUCUGAUUUACAUGGGUCAAUUAGUACAUGCCCAACAGAAAAUGUACUAGCAGAUGCUCCAUUGGCGUUGAGAUCUUCUGUAGAACUUAUGAUUCAUCAGCGCCAUGCUUUGGCAUGGCUGCAAUGGAGGGAAACCCAGAGACCACCUGCUGGUAUAUUAGCAGACGACAUGGGACUGGGGAAGACACUCACAAUGAUAUCUCUGGUGCUAAAAAGUAAAGAAGAAGAGGAAGGGGAUGAAAAGUGUGAAAAAAGUGAAUAUGAAGAUGAAGAGGAGAGUGAUGGGUAUCCUUUGGGAGGAACACUGGUUGUUUGCCCUGCCAGCUUGCUCAUGCAAUGGGAAGAUGAAAUAAAGAAACAUUGCAGGAGAGGUGUUUUGGAGGUGGAAAUUCAUCAUGGUUCAAAAAGAGAGGAAAAUGCAAGACAAUUAGCUCGAAAUGAUAUUGUCAUAACCACAUACAGUAUUGUGAGAACGAGUGCCAAUAAAGGAGGGAAGGAAGAAACGGUUAAAAGAACAAAGAGAGGUGUUCUACACAGGGUUCGGUGGAGGAGAAUUAUUUUAGAUGAAGCACAUGUAGUACGAAAUCACAAAAGUCAACAGUCACUUGCUGUUUGUCUUCUUAUGGGACGCAAGAGAUGGGCUCUUACUGGAACACCAAUCCAUAAUAAAGAACUAGAUUUAUAUGCACUAUUGAAAUUCCUUCGGUGCUCUCCAUUUGAUGAUUACAAUGUGUGGCGUCGGUGGGUAGACAAUAAAAAUAGUGCUGGCAUUAAGAGAUUAAACACUGUUAUUAAUGCAAUAAUGCUACGACGUACAAAGGCAUUGUUGCAAGAUAAGGGAGAAUUAGGAAGUCUUCCAGAAAAAAAUAUGCAGGAGAUAUUCAUACAGUUAGAGAAGGAUGAGUUUGAGGUUUACACCAAAGUACUUUGGUUUUCCAAGACACUGUUUGCUCAGUUUUUACAACAAAGAGCAGACAAGGAGAUGUUAGGAAUGCCUACAUUUUCCCAACCUCAGUCAAAGGACCCGAAAGAAUUAAUUGCAAGCAAUCCUGAGUUGGCAAAUAUGUUCAACAAAAUGCAGCAGAUGCAUGAUAUCAAGACGCAUGACAUUCUGGUGCUAUUGUUGAGGCUGCGACAGAUCUGUGUACAUCCUGGGCUGAUAAAAGCAAUGCUAGAUGAAGAGGCAAAACAGUCUAUAGAUGAUGUGAAUGAGGUAGAUGGCGAUAUUCUCUCAAAAAUGGGGGCAAUGUCCUUAGACGAUCAUUCACCAAGAAAUGACGAAGUAUUGGAAGAAGAAGUCUUAAAAGUGAACAACCCUGUUUUUGACCUUACCAGGAUGAGUUCUAAAAUGAAGGCUGUAUUUAAAGUACUUCAUGAGAAAGUUAUUAAUACAUCCGAUAAGGGAAUUAUUGUUUCCCAGUGGACGUCAAUGCUGAAUAUAAUUUACACCCAUUUGGUUGAUUCUGGAGUAAAAUGUGAUAUGUUAAGUGGUGCUGUACCUGUGAAAGAUCGAAUGGAAGUAGUAAAAAACUUCAACAGUGAAAGAGGUAAUCAGGUACUUCUCCUUUCACUCACAGCAGGAGGUGUAGGAUUAAAUCUUACUGGAGGAAAUCAUCUUUUUCUAAUAGAUUUGCAUUGGAAUCCACAGCUGGAAUCACAGGCAUUUGACAGAAUUUAUAGAGUAGGGCAGAAGAAACCUGUGUACAUUUAUAAAUUUAUAUGCCAGGAAACAAUUGAAGAAAGAAUUAAAGUUCUACAGGACAAAAAACUAUCACUAGCAGCAGGUGUUUUAAGUGGCACUAUGCAAAGAAAUGUUAGCAAACUUACAUUGGAGGAUCUCAAGAGUCUUUUCAGCAUGGUUUAUUGAGAAGGGCAGAAGAAACCUGUGUACAUUUAUAAAUUUAUAUGCAAGGAAAAAAUUGAAGGAAGAAUUAAACUUCUACAGGAGAUACACUGUCAUUAGCAGCAGGUGUCUUAAGUGGCAUUAUGUUAACCUGUCUUUGCAUAGUGCCACUUAAGACGCCUGCUACAAAUGAUACAGCGGCACUAUGCAAUGAAUUGUUACAAAAGUAUAUUAGAUCUUGAGUUUUUUCAGCAUGUAUAAUUGACUUUUAGAUGGAAAAUUAGUGUUUUUCUGUGGUUUAUUUUCAAAUUAAAAUGUAUUCAAUCUUUUAACUUGUUUUACUGCUACAAAUGUCCUGAAGAUUUGUCAGUGAAUUGCUUAGUUUUAAAUGCUGUAAUUUAUGUUUGUCAAGUAGAGAUACACCCAGAAAUACCAGUACAUUGAGCCAUGGAGGAGUUUUAAAAUUUUAUUACUGUGUUGUAGUGAAAAUAUAACUUUUUUUUUUUCUUUCUCGUAUACAUACGUAUUGCACUCUGAUCUUUAUGCCUUUAAUAUGUAACCAUAAUUGAACCCUUGGUAUCAUCUUUUUCUUUUGUACAUAUUUUUUUUAAUAUUAUUAAAAUGUUGGUGAUGUGUUAACUGUUUUAUUUCUGUGGUCAAAUUAUGAAUCCUGAAAUGUUAAAAAAGUGUAAUUACAAUGUGAACAUUAAUUUUACAAAUUCAUUUUAGGGUAUUACUGUGAAUUAACCAUACAAAUUCAUCUGUAUUCACUAGAAGAGAAUUUGAGAAUGUUUCUGCAAUUCUGGAUGAAGUGAAUAUUCUGUCUUGAAAGAUAAUAAGCACAUUAAAUUUAAUUUUAAUUAAUUGCAUAUUGUAUUUGCUUACCAUGAUGUUAUUUCAACAUUGUAGUAUACCCCGUCAGUUCAUCAUGUUUAUUGUCAAAGAUUCCUUGUAUUAGAGAAAUAUGCCCUCAUAGUCAUGAUAUUUAUAGAUUGUAGAAUCAAUGAGAUUGCAACUGCUUGAACUAACAAGAUAUUUUUUUGCUUUUCAUUAAUAUGUAAUUUUAGUUUCCUUUAGGGAAUCCCUUCAUUUACAUAUAGUUUGUGCAACAUAGGACAAGGGGCAAUCUACAUGAAAUACCAUAAAUAAUAUUUUCUAUCUCACUUUGUUUAUCUUUUAUUAAAGGGUUUUUUGUUGGAAUGUUUAACUUUGUCAUCAGUUUGCUAUAUUUGUUUUACUGAAUAUUUAAAGUAGUGUUCAACUAGAUGAAUUAAAUUCAAUUACAUGAUGUUUUAGUUAUCAACACUUGUUGCUGAAUGUA